AUGCUGAUAGUUAAGAAUCUUUUAAAAUAUCAUGAUUAUAUUCCUGAACUUGUUGAAUGUUCUGAUCAAGAAAAUAAAAGAACCCAACUUGACAAGAAUAAUUUAGAUAUUGCCAGUAAUGUUGAUCCAGCAGUUGAACUCAAUCAAACUAAAGGCUUUUAG